GAAGCUGGAAGUUUCCUUGUACGACUCUGGUUCUGACUAACGUUACAGUUUUAACUGACGAGUUUUAGACAGUAAACCAGGUGGCGGGUGAAACUAUUAUUGUUUUAUAUUCAUUAUAUAAAACAGCCGCCCUUGUUUACCAACUUUGUGCAAGUUUAAAGCAGGAAGACGAGCAGGACGUAAAGACGCCACACAUCACUAAGUAAAGAUGUUAGCCUCGAGCCUGCCGGCUAAUUACUGUACCGAGCUCCACGAUGACCAAGCGCAGAAAGUGGACAAAUACCUGCAUCAUUUUCAGCUCUCGGAUAGGACUCUGAUGGAUUUGUCACUAAGAUUUCGACGGGAGAUGGACAAAGGCCUGUGCAGAGACACCAACCCCACAGCUGCUGUUAAGAUGCUGCCCACAUUUGUGCGCUCCACUCCUGAUGGAACAGAACAAGGUGAAUUUCUGGCACUUGAUCUUGGCGGAUCCAACUUCCGGGUGCUCCUGGUCAAAGUUAUGGCUAACGGCAAGCAGGAGGUGGAAAUGGAAAAUCAGAUUUAUGCCAUUCCUGAACACCUCAUGAGAGGCAGCGGCUCCGAGUUAUUUGACCACAUAGCUGAUUGUCUGGCAAAUUUUAUGGAGAAGUUGGGCAUAAAGGAUAAAAAGCUUCCUCUGGGUUUCACCUUCUCUUUUCCAUGUCAGCAGACCAAGUUGGAUGAGAGUGUUUUGAUGUCUUGGACCAAAAGCUUCAAGGCAAGCGGAGUAGAGGGAAAGGAUGUGGUCAACCUCUUGAGGAAAUCCAUAAAAAAAAGAGGGGACUUUGACGUUGACAUUUUGGCUGUGAUCAACGACACAGUGGGAACUAUGAUGACCUGUGGCUACGAUGAUCAUCUCUGUGAAAUUGGCCUCAUUGUGGGAACGGGGACCAACGCCUGCUACAUGGAGCAGAUGAGGAACCUUGAGGUGCUGGACGGUGACGAGGGGCGGAUGUGUGUUAAUACAGAGUGGGGCGCUUUUGGAGACGAUGGUGCCCUGGAGGACCUGCGCACUGACAUCGACCGUGAAAUAGAUGCAGGCUCUCUCAACCCUGGCAAGCAGCUGUUUGAGAAGAUGAUCAGUGGCCUAUACAUGGGGGAAAUAGUGCGUCUCCUCCUGGUGAGAAUGACCAAAGAGCAGCUGCUGUUCCAGGGCAAGACUACAGCAGAGCUCUGCACCACUGGAAGCUUCAAGACCAGCUACAUCUACGCCAUUGAGAACGACAAAGAUAAUGAAGGUCUGGUGAGUGCGGAGAAGGUGCUCCGUGACCUGGGUCUCAAUCCUUUGGUUGAGGACUGCAUAGCCACUCAGAGGGUGUGUCAGAUUGUAUCUAUACGAGCUGCACACUUGUGUGCAGCCGCUCUAGUGGCAGUGCUGCGACAGAUCCGAGAUAACAAAGCAGCUGAGAAGCUGCGUACCACGAUUGGAGCGGACGGCUCUGUUUACAAAAAUCAUCCAGAGUUUUCCAGGAGACUCCACAAGAUGGUACGACGACUCAUGCCGGACUGUGACGUGCGUUUUUUGCAGUCACAGUGUGGCAGUGGGAAGGGUGCAGCCAUGGUAACAGCAGUAGCCUACCGUCUUGCAGCUCAACAUGCUGAGCGUCAGCGUAUUCUCGAUACCUUGCGCCUGAGCCGUGAGCAGUUGCUGGAAGUGAAGAAACGAAUGAGUAAGGAGAUGGUGCGAGGCCUGUCAAAGCAAACCCAUGAGGAUGCGAGCAUUAAGAUGCUUCCCACAUAUGUUAGAGACACACCAGAUGGCACAGAGCAUGGCGACUUCUUGGCUUUGGACCUUGGGGGCUCCAGCUUUAGGGUGCUGCUGGUGCGAGUGCGAAGUGGAAAGAGACAUAAUGUGGACAUGCACCACAAGAUCUACAGUAUUCCACAGGAGACUAUGCAGGGCACAGGGGAAGAGCUGUUCGACCACAUUGUGCAAUGCAUUGCUGACUUUCUGGAAUACAUGGGCAUGGGAGGUGCAUCCUUACCUCUGGGAUUUACAUUUUCCUUCCCCUGUCAUCAAAGCAAACUGGAUCAGGGCAUUCUUCUGAAUUGGACAAAGGGUUUCAAAGCUAGCGGCUGUGAGGGAAAAGAUGUUAUCACAUUACUUAAAGACGCUGUCCACCGCAAACAGGAAUUUGACUUAAACUUUGUGGCGGUGGUUAAUGACACAGUGGGAACCAUGAUGACCUGCAGCUAUGAGGACCCCAGAUGUGAGGUGGGACUUAUUGUAGGCACAGGGACCAACGCCUGCUACAUGGAAGAAAUGCAGAACAUCGAACUCGUGCAGGGUAACGACGGCCGCAUGUGUGUCAACAUGGAGUGGGGAGCAUUUGGUGACAAUGGCGAACUCGAUGACUUCUGCACCCAGUUUGAUCGCAUCCUUGAUGAGUGCUCUAACAAUCCUGGGAAACAGAGGUAUGAGAAGAUGAUCAGCGGCAUGUACCUGGGAGAGAUAGUGAGGAACGUGCUAAUUGAUUUUACUGCCAAGGGCUUGCUGUUCAGAGGCAAACUGUCUGAGCGACUCAAGACCCGCUGCAUCUUCGAGACAAAGUUCCUUUCACAGAUCGAAAGUGACCGCCUGGCCAUGCGACAGGUCCGCUCAAUCCUGCAGCACCUGGGCCUCACCAGUUCCACGUGUGACGACAGCGUACUGGUGAAGGAGGUCUGUAGCGUGGUUGCUCGUCGUGCCGCUCAGCUCUGUGGCGCUGGCUUGGCCGCUGUGGUCGACAAAAUCCGAGAGAACAGGAACCUGAAUCACCUUUCCAUCACUGUCGGAGUGGACGGCACACUUUAUAAAACGCACCCACAUUUCUCAAGCAUCAUGCAAGAGACGCUGCAGGAUUUGGCACCAUCCUGUGAGGUGACUUUCCACAAAUCAGAGGAUGGAAGUGGGAAGGGAGCAGCACUGAUCACAGCUGUGGCCUGCAGGAUCAAGGGCGAAGGGCAGCCCUGAAUCGUCAAGACAGGUAGAGCUAAAGCUACUAACGUCUGCUUUUCUAUACCAGGUCACGUAAAAUAAAGUCAUGUACACCUCGACCUGAGUUGAGAUUUUAAGACUGAUAAAAAUCAAUCUGACCUGUGUAUGUGUUCACAUAUGUGCAUGUGAGUUUGUCUUGUUUGUGUUUGGAAUAGACAUGCGUAUUUAUAAUAUGAGCUGAAAUUGCAAAAAACAGUGGAAAAUGAAUUUUAGAAAUAACUUGUGUGUUAGAGAAGUUGCACCUCCUGUGAAAUAUGACUGUUACGAGGCGUAGGCUCAUUUACACUCCCACCUUUUCAUUUGCACACUCAAACUCAUAGGUUGCCUCCAAGCCGACUUCAUUUAUCAAUUGACUUGUGUUAGUACGUAAGUAAAGCUUUGAAAAGUUGAUUUAUAAUAUACAGCAACCUUCAAGACACACAAAGUGCCUCACAAUGUGCCUCACAAUUUAGGUCUAAAGCAAGACUUCAAUUAAAGAAAGCUGAAAGGAAAUUUUAGUAAAGGAACAACACAACCAAGAAACCACCAGUGUGCUAAAUCAUAACGUAUGCUUGAAAUGACCCGAGCAAUAAAAUGAAACUCAGCUGCAUGAUUUUUGCAUUUAAAAUCCUUUGUUCUGUAACAAUUUUCUUUUAAAACGAGAAUAAAAUAUGUUUUAUCACAGUGAAUGUAUGGUUUUAAUCAGUUUCAAGAAUAAUCAAAUACUAUUUGGGGGAAAAAAGUACUUUUUAAACAACCUUUACUUAUUCCUGGUUUCUUUACCUUCCUAAAUGUCAUAAAAUAAGUGUGAUGUACUUCCAGCACGGUAGCCAGAAGAAAACAUUUGAAUUGUACAUUUCUGCAUACCCAGGAUGCAUUACAUUUGUACCAUACAGAUAUUUCUACAGUGAUCUAUUUCUGACUACAUGUGUUCCACCAUUCUGGUAGAGGUGAUGGUGGAUAGCAAGAGAUGCUGGCAAAGACAGCUGCUUAGCUACACACCACUGUUCGACACCAACAAAUGACAAAACUGGUUGAUUUUUGGAUGUUUUGUGGCAAGACAUUGGCAGGAUUUUUAUGGGUUUUGUUUAGGUUUUUGUGCCUAAACAUUACCACAUGUUACCCACAGAGUUGGUGAAACAUAAGAAAAUGUUAAUUUUCAACAAAUCUGCUACUUAAUAACAUAGUGUUAUGUAUCCAUGGCUUGCAGAAACGUAUAAAGCAAACAUUAAUUCUGGUGAUUGGGGUGUAUACUCCUUACAUCAAUAAGAAAAGAUUUACUGCAAGUUUUAAAAGCAAGAUUUAAUAGACAAAUGGAAUCAAAGCGUAUUCAUACAGUAUGUAAUUUACUGCUGGCAAAUGUAUAAAAACAUGCCUAGCUCUUACUAUCUCCUAUUUAUCGCUUGGUCUAGUGACUGCAACAAGAUUAUUCUGAUGCCAUAAGAAAAAAAUUAUGUGAAACAUAAACUACAUUGGGGGUAGAAAAGUUGAAAGGGGAAGUGAAUUAAACCGCAGUGGUCAGAAAAUACAAAGUAAGAAUUAGAAGCACUCUUGGGGCUGGGAUUUUUUUUGGGGAAUAUAGAUGGUCAAAGGAGAUUUUUUUUCUUUUUAGACAUGUUUGCCCUAUUUUUUAUCUGUACUGUAUUAAAUUUGAAUGGUGCGUUGUACAAAGAAAAAAAUGGCAUGAAUUUUUGGCAAGUGUCUGUACAGAAGAGACCUUAGAUAUUACUGAAUCAGAGGGAAGGACUGAUUAGAAUCAGUUGUUCUCCCUUAAAAUAUUUUUUCACGCCAUAAACAUCAACAUCCAGAUGUAGAGAUUGCCAUAAUCUGUCUUUUUUCAUGAAACAAUGUUUAUGGCAUGAAUAUCCCAUUAUAUGUACGACAGCAAAUGUUCUUACCUGCUGAUUACAUCAGGCUUACAUAAAGCACUCUGUGCUCUGAUACUUAGACUUUUUGCUUCUUUAAGAACUUUUGUUUCUUUCAGCUAUUACACUACAGUGCUGUUGUUAUCAUUGUCACAGUAAAGUUGACCUUCAGCUGCUGUUGUCUGCUAUGGAAGUCUGAAGUCUGCUCUAGUAGACAUCAAAUUACAUUCGCUUGGGAAUUGCUGUUUACCAAAAGAAUAAUCAAUGUCAUCACUUUAUUGUUGAGCUUUGUCUAUUCACUGCCCUCAAUUUUCCUGUUCCACUGUAUUUCUGAAUGCUGCUGCACCCAAUUUCACCCCAUAAACAAGCUCAUACUAAACACUAGAAAAUGUUUAUCCAGCA